UGUUUACUUCCCCACAUGCAGACUGCUCCUCAACAUGUAGUUCAUGUGACUUAAAUUAUAUAUAAUCUGUGUUUUUUCACUGAUUUAUUUUCAUAUUUUCUGUAGCCGACACUUGAACUGAUGGCCGACAUCUUACAUCCGGGGAAUGAAGGAGAUCUACAGGCUCAAAUCGAAGAGGUCGAGGCUCUGUCUUCCAUCUACGGGGAUGAAUGGUGCGUUAUAGACGAAGCAUCCAGAAUAUUUUGCAUCAAAAUAUCCGACGACUUGGAUGAGCCAAAACUGACAGCAUGUUUGCAGAUAAUUCUCCCACCUGAUUACCCGAGUGUCGCCCCGCCCAUCUACCAGAUUAAUGCCGCGUGGUUGCGAGGCCCCGAGAGGACCAAAUUGGCAAACAGCCUGGAAGACCUCUAUGUGGAGCAUGUGGGGGAGAGCAUCCUCUAUCUGUGGGUGGAGAAAAUUAGAGAGUUCCUCGUGGAGAAAUCCCAGAGCUCAGACACAGUGGAUCACCAAGAGAAGGUGAACAUGACAGCUGAGGAAGAAGUGGAUGAUGAUGACGAUGAUGACAUACCAGACUUCAGGACUCUCAGGCUGAACACAGAGAAUGCACAUCUGUUCAUGGAUCAUAAAAACGAUGAAGAGCUACCUCCCAUAAAACAUGGAAAUACCAUCACAGACCGACGCAGUACCUUCCAGCCUCACUUAGCACCCGUGGUGACUCCCAGACAGGUUAAAAUGGUCCUGGAGAAGCUGUGUGAGAACAAGAAGAUUGCGAGUGCCACUCAUAACAUUUAUGCAUACAGGAUUUACUGCGAGGACAAGCACAGCUUUCUGCAGGACUGUGAAGACGACGGCGAGACGGCCGCAGGGGGGAGAAUGCUCCAUUUACUGCAGAUCCUGGACGUGCGUAAUGUCAUGGUGGUCGUGUCUCGAUGGUACGGAGGUAUUUUGUUGGGUCCCGACCGCUUCAAACACAUCAACAACUGUGCAAGAAACAUCCUGGUGGAGGAAGGAUACACUGCCUCCACGGAUGAGGCCACCAAAUCUGGAGCGAAGGCCAAAAGGACAAAGAUCAAGAAGACGAAAUGAAUUUCUGAAGAGAGAAAGACUUUUAUUCAAACACAUUUUCGUAGUGUUGUGAUUCAGGUGUGUCUUAAAGGUCUAGUGUGUCGGAUUUAUGGGGUUAUGUUGACAAAAAUUGAAUACGAGUAUGUUUUCUUAAGUGUAUAAUCACCUGAAAAAAAGAAUUGUGUUUUUGUAUCUUAGGAUCAGCCAUCAUAGCUAGAAGCCCCUCCACAACGAGAGCAUCGGAAAAACAACAAUUUUUAAUGUGAAAGUGAUUUAUUCAGCGUUUUUAGGGGUUCAAAUCACCAAGUCUGUUUGUUUUGGAGACGAAGAGACCUCCGGUAAAAACCUCCUGAACGUCUGGUUCUGAAAAAGGUGAGGGCACAUUAGCAGUUGCUAGGCGGAGUUGCACUUUUGAGGGUUUACUCGCGAGAAAGCCAAAGAAUUAGUACAUCAUGACAAUGUAUAGUGUCUGACAAACAUGCAGUUUAAGUUGACACACCUACAGCUCUCCAAUACACAUUAAAAGGUGCUUCCUGUCACUUAAGCAACGGUUUUCCUGUUAUUCAGACAACUGGCUCGGAGAACAAUUGCUUCUCCUCACAUAACCAAGUUUGGCCAGAAUCAAGUCACAUCAGGAUAACAAUAGUCCAGUCACGCACACCUUAUAUUACAGGAUAAGAGUUUACGCUAGGUCAUUUACAGUAUAGCAUCCUGUCUCAGACAUGCCAAACAGUGUUGGACAAACACUGAUCUGUAACAUGAAAAUGCUUUAUCCAGUGUUUUUACCAGUUUUUAUCACCUGGUCUGUUUGUUUUGGGGAGGAAUAGACCACUGCGGAUAAGUCGGCUCCUGGUAAAAACCUCCUGAACAAAGAACACUGAGGGAAUUUCAACCAGGAGAAGUUUCAGCUGGUUGCAAUAUGCAGUCAUCACCACUAGAUGCCACUAAAUACCCCUAAAUCUUACACACUUUUCCUUUAAUAACAACAACCAGGGAUUUCUUGCAACUAGAAAUAAUUGACUGAAAAUUAUGACGGACUUUAUAUUGCACCGUUUUAUGUGAGGAGUCUUGAAAUGAAAUGUUUACAGUACAUAUUUUCAUUAAAACAAACAUGAGAUUUGUACUAAAAAUCCUAGAGUGAUCAGUCUCCAUUUUAUAAGACAGCCACAUCAUUACAAGCUUCAAUGGAGGAUUUUGUUCAGGAGAAGACAUCUUUAUUCCAUCAUUCAUUUUAAAUCGUAAUGUUCCAUUCCGUCCUGAUGUAAAUGUGUGAAUACUUGUCCUUGUACGUGUUAAUUCAGCUUUCAGCCGAAUCGGCAUGUGAAUGAAAUUCAUACACAAUUCAUUCAGCGUUUCUAAGAAACAUGAUCACGGCUCAGCAAAAUGAAGUUCACUGAGGUUUAUUGACGCUCUCAUACUCAUACACACAUAAUUCACAUGCCCGUUGUCCUCAGUGCAUUGCACAUCCAGUUGAAGAUUGCUAAAUAUUCAACUUUUCACAGUAGUGUGUUCUACUGAAGCUUUUACCCCACAUCGGCUCCUGUGGGAUUUUGCCUCACCUCUCCGUUUUGGUGUCACUUGAUCCCUGGAAAGACACGUUCUGCAUAUUAACCACUCCAGGGUUGGCUUUUGGCAGCAGAGGGCUACUUUCUAAAAAUAUCCAGGGCUCGUACCUGGCAGUGUUUUCACCACUAUUACUUGACUGUUGUGACAUAAAGAAUAAAAGUCUUUUAUCUCUGUGUUUAGUUAUCUUGAGGGAAUAAAACCAAUAAGUACAUCUCAUUGGAGUGAGAACACAAAUGACUAACAACAGGCUGAGAUUCCUGAAAUUUACUCCAUGUCUGUGUACAAAGCUGCCUGCGCAUUCUAGCCAUUGAGAAUAAUUACAGCUAAUUCACUUAAUAGAGCUGUUUCUCCCUGACAAGCUGUCAUGCCAAACCCAUCAUCUCAGCCCUUAAUUAUGUUUUUUAGAGGCUUGUGAGGAACUCAUGAAGCUAAAAUAAUACGCGGGGCUGAGAAUAAUGAGCUUACUUCAAUUUAAAAUUUAAUCCAUACAGGAGAAUAUGGGAGAGCCGAAGACUUUGAUUGUUGCAGCAAAAUCAAAAAAUGUACAUUUCCUUUCAAAGUAUGCAAGUAUGGAAACCAGGAGUGUUCAGUUAAUGAGGAAAAUAAUAAAAUAUAUGAAUACA